AUGCCUCCAAAGAAGAAAGGCAGCGUCAAGGGAGGAGCCAGAAAGAAGUCACAGGCAUCGGCUGAUGACCCCGUCAAACAGGAGCUCGUGAAAGUAAAAAGGCAGGCCAACGAACUACAAGUUCAAAUUAAUCAUGAACGAGUGAAGACCGUAGAAGCUCAGGUGAACUGCGAAAAUGCACUGGCACGUCAGGCAAGUUUUGAGCAAAAAUUUGAAAAUUCAACCGAAGAAUCCAAACAAGUUUCCGCUUUUAUGGCCCUACAACAAGAAAAAACCGCUCAAAAGUUUAUCGAGAAGAACAAAGAACUCACUGCGCUAAAUGCAAAACUGACGGAAGAGAGGGACCAAUUGAAAGAGGAGCUUGAGUCAGCGAAAUUAACUGCUAAAGAAGCCUUGGAGGCUAAGGAAUCUGAAUUCCGGCAAUUGCGAGAUGCUAUGAUCGAAUCACGUCUGCAUUACGAAGGAAUGCUUACCGAUUUUGCUUCAAAGCUGUCCGAAAGCUUGAUAAAGGACUGGGACGCUGAACGAAAAUUUGACAACGAGCAGGAAGCUGAGGUGUGCAGACAGUUGAUUGAUCUUGGAGUUCUACCCCCUAACCUUUAG